GGGACUUAUUUGCCGCCCGGAAUUUAUUUCACAAAUUCGCGUCGCUGUUUCUGCCCGGAAUUCUGUGUUGUGUUACGUCACUUCCGCCGCGACGCCGUCUCCGCAGCGACCAUCAUGGCGUUGAACGGCGGCAUGGACGAGGCCGAGGCGCGGCGGGAGCGGCUGGACCGGGCGAGCCGGGCCAUGGGGGCGCUGCUGCUCCGGGGGUACCGAAUGUUGGGGAGCUCCUGCCCGGAGUGCGGGACGAUUCUGCUGCAGGACAAGGAGCAGCGGCUGCUGUGCGUGAGCUGCCAGGACCCCGAGCAGGGACACGCCGCCGCCCCUCCCUCCGCCCCUCCCCGCCCCGAGCGCUGCGAGGGCGCGGCCGCCGCGUUCCGGGGCUCCCCCCGCCCGGCCCCGGAGCCCCCCGGUGUUGGCGGUACCGAUGCCGGUGCCGAUGGCGAUGGCGGCACCGGGGCCGCGGUGGCGGCGGCGCGGGCGGCGCUGCUGCAGAAGCUGCUCUGGGCGGCGCGGGAGCUGCCCCGCAGCGGCUCCGUGGAGGGCAGCGCCCGCCUCUGCCGCCUGGUGCGGGACUGCGCCCUGGCCCUGCGGGGGCUGCGGGACCUGGAGCCCCCCGGGAGCCACCCGGGACCCCCCUCGGGGCACCCCGAGACUUUCUGAGACCCCCAGAGCCACCCCCGGGGCACCCCGAGACUUUCUGAGACCCCCGGGAGCCACCCCAGGGCAAUCUGAGACCCCCUGAGCCUCACCCCGGACACCCCCCAGGACACCCUGAGACCCCCCCUGGGCACCCUGAGACCCCGGGACCCCCUUCAGGGCACCCCAAGACAUUCUGAGACCCCCGGGACAUUGUGAGACCCCCAGGAGCCACCCCAGACCCACCCAGGACUGUCUGAAACCCCCCCUAGGAUGCCCCGAGACCCCCAGGAUACCCUGGGAGCCACCCUGGACCCCUCCCUGGGAUUCCCUGAGACCCCCGGGAGCCACCUCAGAGCCCCCCCAGGACACGGCUCCAGAUUAAACACCCGGGUUUGGUGUGAAAUGGGAGUUUUAAAAGUGAUUGAUGUAAAAUAAAUUUUAUAUGAAAGGGUUUGGUAUAAAAGAGAUUUGAUAUAAAAUGAAUUUGGGAUGAAGGGUUUGAUAGAAAAGGGUUUGAUAUAAAAGGGUUUGAUAGAAAAGGGUUUGAUAGAAAAGGGUUUGAUUUAAAGGGGUUUAAUACAAAUUUGGUAUAACAGGGUUCGGCGUGCAGUUUGGGAUAAAAGGGAUUGAUAUAAAAUAAAUUUUAUAUAAAAGGGUUUGAAGUAAAAGGGAUUUUAUAGAAAAGAAUUCUAUAUAAAAGGGCUUGGGAUAAAAGGAGUUUGACAUAAAAUUAUUUGAUAGAAAUUGGAUAUAAAAGGGUUUGGUCUGAAAGGUUUGGUAUAAAAAGUUUUUGGUGUGAAAAUUAUAUAGAAUAAUUUUAUAUAAAAGGGAUUUGAUAGAAAAGACUGAU